AUGGUCCACGGACUUCCUCGUCACUCACAGAGCCAAGGAAGUGUCGAAAGAGCAAACGCAGAUAUUGAGGAUAUUCUGUAUGAAACAAUCACAAUUGACAUGUCCUUGGAUAACGAUCGUGAUGCAGAAACAUACGAUGUCUGUGCGUUAGAUAAGCUCGAAGACUCUAUAGUCAAAGAAAGAGUCGAAGCGCAUGCUGCACAAAAACAACAGGCAAAGAAAAUGCUGGAAUCAUCAGAACAAAGAUUUGCACCUUUGCACAUUGGGAGCAAUCAGCCAUUGGUGAAGCAUCAGUUCAUGGAAAAAAAGGACACAAACGUUGUCUAUGUACCGGAGGAUGCUCAACAAAUCGAUGUGCCUGCAACAAAAAUGGUAUUCUUUGCAACUCCCGAUGUCACCACAGUC